AUGGAGGGCUUCGUGGACUUCACCAACCGCUGCCAGGGCCGCGACCAGCUCUUCCGAGCCACUCAGUACACAUGCAUGUUGCUUAGCUAUUUAAUAGAGAAUAAAGGCGAUAAAAAGAAGCUGGUAAUGAAACUCAAGCAGUUGGAAUCUAGCAUGAGCUCUGGCCGGAAAAUGUUCAGACUGGGCAACAUGGUGCACGCCUUGGUGGCAGCCCGGAGAAGUGCAGAGCUGCCCGAGGUGGUUCCUCGCCUGUGCCUCACAGCCUCCCACCUGAGCCGGGCCCUGUACUUCGUGUGCGACGCCGUGCUGUGGCUGAGGAGCGUCGGGCUCCAGCCCCACAUCGACAGACCCAAGUGGCACCACUGGGCUACCAAGUGCUACUACUGCUCGCUCCUGCUCAAUCUGGCCAGGGACUGGUAUGAGAUCUCCUGGAGGCUGGAACAAGCUGCACUGGAAGAAAAGACAAAGGAGAAUUGCUUCUGGCCGAAACACAGCGAUGAACUAAAUGGUGUGAAAAGUGAUGGUUUGCACAGUUUUUUCCGCCAGCUCUUUCAUAUACUGAAAAGGAAUCCUCCUUUGCUGCUGGAUUUGGUGAAGAACCUCUGUGAUCUCUCAGGCCCUCUGGAUACGCUGGGGAUCUACAAGACCAACCCAGGAGUGAUUGGUUUCUGUGGCCUCCUCUCCUCCCUGGUGGGGAUUCUUACAUUAGCAAGCCCACAUCUGAAGCUCAAACAGUGA